CAAUUUGACGUCCGCCUAAAAGUAAAGCCCCCAUCUUCAAAUGUUUGAUUUGUUCAACAAAAGCAAAAAUCAAACAACCCCCAAAUCCCAAAUACUACGUUUAAGUUUGGAAGAAAUAAGAUGCCGUGUUCUUCAAUGCGGGCAAUUUCUUCUUAACUUCCUUCAACUUUCCUUAUUACUUAACCCCGAAUCAAUUAUCCUCCUAAUUGCCCAUUUAAUUUCUUUCAAGUUUUCAGAAAUCUUGUACAGUCGUUUUGCCGUGUAAUCAGAUUUUCUUCAUUCGGUAAUUUUUCUAGGCAGCAUACAAUUUCGAAAAUGAUUGGUAUAAAGAACUCACCAUUACAUAGGUUUACUAAGCCUACCUCUGCUGGCCGGAAAGUUCCUAGUGAUGAGAGCUAUAACCCUUUUGAUUCCGAUGAUGAGUCUGAUAAGAAGCCACCUACUCACGGAUCCUCUACAAAACAACCUUCUGGACCUUCGAAGAAUUUACCAAGUUCCUCCAUGAGCAACCCUUUUGAUGAUGACAUUGAUAAUCGAGAGAGAGAAGUGACUCCUUCCACCUCUAAAUACGCUUUCACCUAUGCGCAAAAAAACAAAUACAAGAACGAUUUCUAUGACUCAGGAGGUGUGGACAAUCAAAAUAUGGAGGAACUAGAAAAUUAUUCUGUGUACAAAUCUGAGGAGACAACAAAGGCUGUUGACAACUGUUUGAGGAUUGCUGAGGGCAUAAGAGAAGAUGGUACUAAGACAUUACUCACUCUCCAUCAGCAAGGUGAACAAAUUAGAAGAACCCAUGAUGAGGCUGUACAUAUCGACUAUGAUUUAAGUCGGGGGGAGAAGCUUUUAGGAAGUCUUGGGGGGUUGUUUUCUAGGACAUGGAAGCCAAAGAAGACUACUCCAGUUAAAGGCCCUGUUAUAUUCAGAGAUGAUCCUAUCCGCAGUAAGGGUAACCACUUGGAACAGAGGGAGAGGCUUGGAUUGACAAACUUGCCAAAUGGGCGUUCUAAAUCACGGACUCCACCCCCUGAACCCACUAACGCGUUGCAAAAAGUCGAGGUGGAAAAGGUGAAACAAGAUGACGCCCUGUCAGACUUGAGUGAUAUUUUAGGCGAGCUGAAGGUUAUGGCGCAAGACAUGGGAAAUGAGAUUGAGUGGCAAACCAAAUCACUGAAUGGCCUUGAUGAUGAUGUGGGAACCUUGGCUGGUAGAGUCAAAGAUGCCAACCAACGAGGGCGCCGCUUGCUUGGGAAAUGAUAAUCUCGAAUGGCCAUUUUACUUUGGAUGGCCUUGCUAGAUUUCAUGUUCUAACUACUUUGAUUGUUGGUUGGGUAAUUCUGUUAGCUCAAGAGUUUGGGAAAUAGGGAAGAGAAACAGGAGGAUUUGAACUCCCAUGAAAAUGUCUUGUGUUUGCACUUGAUCUGUAUUUGAUGUUAUAUUAGCAAUACUGAAACCUUUUUAGCAAUUUAUCACAUACUUUAAUUUGAAAAGAGUA